AUGAUCCGAAAACAAGCCAGGCAGCGGGCCGAUUAUCUUCACCGCAGAGCUCUGCUCCUGCGCGAUGCUGAGAUAGCCGAAAAGCGUGCGAAGCUUCGAAGUUCCUUAGCCACCGGCCGUCCGUUGGAUGCUGGAGCUGCCGAUGUACAAGUGAGGAAAGACCUCCAAUAUGACGAAUCGCGGCCAGACAGAACCGCCAACGAGGCCUUGGAUCUUGACGACGAAUACUCGCAAAUGUCAGGGAUUGUCGACCCACGCGUCUUAGUAACGACGUCUCGAGAUCCUUCAGCAAGACUAUCUGCCUUUAGCAAGGAGAUCAGAUUGCUCCUUCCCACCAGUAUCAGGUUGAAUCGUGGAGGAACGAUUCUACCUGAUCUUACUCGCUCAGCACAAGCUAGUGGGUUGAGUGACAUAGUUCUCCUGCAUGAGCACCGUGGUGUCCCUACUGCGCUCUCCAUCAGCCAUCUGUCCUUUGGACCGACAAUAUCCUUCUCGUUGCACAACGUGGUCUUGAGGCAUGACAUCCCGAACAGUCUUCGUGGCACUGUGAGCGAAAGCUACCCGCACAUCAUCCUAGAUGGCUUCCAAUCGCGUUUGGGGCAAAGGGUGGCGAAAAUUCUGAAGCAUAUCUUUCCGCCACGGGAAGCAUUGACCACCAAGGGCAAGCUAGGGUCUCGAGUGGUCACAUUCAAAAACAUCGACGACAUCAUCGAGGUUCGGCAUCACGUAUUUGUGAAGACGGGAUACGACUCGGUUGAGCUCAGCGAGAUAGGUCCCAGAAUGUCUAUGAAGCCCUUCGAGAUACGAGCGGGCACCCUAGGAGAUAAAAACAGCGAUGUUGAGUGGGCACUCACGCAAUACACCCGCACAAGCCGGAAACGGGAAUAUCUUUGA